AUGGAAAGAGAGGAGUUGCUUCAACAACAUAAGAAGGAAAACAAGGACUUGAUCGCCACUAUAACUGGUUUGAAGAAACAAGCCACGAAAAAAACGAGAAAGAAUGUCUUGUCGAAAUGUCAGGAACUUGAAGACAAUCUUAAACGAAAACAUGCUGAGGAAUUAGCAGCAUUGGACAACGGAGGCGAAGAUAUCAAUAAGCAAGUUGAACAAGAAAUAACACCUGAACAAUUACUUGAACAAUUGACUUUGGAAAAAGAGGCAUCACAGCUGUCGCUGUCUCAGUUGCAGUCGCAGUUGCCGUCGCAGCUGCAGUCGCAGCCGCAGUCCCUGCUGUCCCUAAUACUGUCAGUCUCGAGUAAUGAUCAGCAAGACUCUAACAAACAAUCCCAGCUAACAGGUCAACAAAACUCUUCUGCUACUCCUUCUGGAUCACAACCAAGAAGGCGAAACAGACAAAAGGAACGAUUGGAAAAACGCAAAGCUGAAAUCGAGCGUAUGAAAACCGAAGCUCAACAGGAGGCAAGCAAUAUGACUGAUUACAGACAAAUUGAGAUUGAUUCGAUGAACCAGCUACUCGACCUUCAUGGCCUUGAACUAUAUGAGAUAAAACCUGAUGGGCAUUGUCUCUUUGCAGCAAUCCAAGAUCAAUUAUACCAACGACACGACCACUUUCAAAAAACAAUUCAAGAGUUGCGUGACUUGGCUGCUGAUUAUAUACUAGCUCAUAGAGACGAUUUCAUACCAUAUUUGUUUGAUGAAAAGACCUGUGAGAUUAGAGAUGUGGAUGAAUAUUGCCACGAGUUGAGGACAACCGCUAUGUGGGGAUCUGAUUUGGAGAUUUUGGCAUUGGCGAAAAUAUUCAACUGCUGUAUAAGCAUACACAUGGCUGGUGCAUCAACAAUCAAGAUCAACGAGAACAAGGAACUGAAUCUGGAUCUGGAUCAAGAACAUGAACAUGACCAAGCACCAGAACUCAUGUUGGGAUACUAUAAGCACUCUUAUGGAUUAGGAGAGCACUAUAAUUCAUUGCGAGAUAAAAAGUAG